AUGCGGAGAGGCGACGACGGGGGCGGGGACUUCGACGGUGGAGGCGGGGGCGACGGCGACGGGUGCUUCGGCGGUGGAGGCGGAGGGGACGGCGACGGCGACUUCAGCGGUCGAGGCGAAGGCGGCGGCGGUGGAAGCAGCGGAGGCGAGGGCGACGGGGGGAGGGGCGCCGAUUUAAUGAGGAUCGUCGGUUGGGUGGAGGGCAUGGCUGUGGAGGUGGACAAGGGAUCCAUGACUAUCGUCGGCCGCUUCGACGCCAAGAAGCUUAGGGACCGCGUCGCCUCGGCGACAAAGACAACAAGGGUGACGGUGGCGAUGGUGGGGACAAGAAUAAGUGCACCGACGGCGAGGCCGGUGAUCGUCACGGUGGUGCUCACCGCCGGCCUCCACUGCGCCGGCUACAUGCCCCGCAUCCACUGCAAGCUCUUCAGGAUCAAAGGUAUCCGCAACUCCUCUUCCACUUGCCUCGUCCUGCAUGCAUGCUAG